AUGUCAGACUCGGAAACCGAGUCGGAUUCGUUCCACGAUGCCGCAGGGGUCGAUCUUUCCGACACGCCCGGAUCGUCUCAGCCGACAGAUGGGCCCGCCUCUCCACAAGCUCCUCUUGCCGCAUCAAAGAGUGCCAAUCACGAAAAGGCUCCAACCUGGGCACUCUUCAAAGAAGAUCUCAAUGACGACGGUGAACCCGGCCGUAUCUUCUUGCCCAUACCAAACACUGCUCGCAAGGAAAGGGUCAAAGUUGAGCAAGUGGAUCAAGUCUCGGAGCCGCUGCAAGCCGUUCCGCCCAAUGCGGAAGCAGAGUCGCCAUCCGUAGACCCUGUCUCGCAGACCGAUCACUCAAAUAGCUCCGUUCAUCAACCAGCACUGCCAAGGCAGUAUCUGUCUCCUUUCAUUGUGGUGAAACCCCACAUGCGAGUCAAGGCUAUGCAAAAGCAACACGACGGUCGACUCGGGGUCCCUUGGGGAGUACAGUACUAUCUCGCCUAUCUGGUCUCGUCCGGCCAUAUCAGCAUGGACGAGUUGAAGAUCACGACUGGAAUCAAGACGCUCAGGUCCGACUCGAACGUAGCAUCCUUCUCCGCGCUUCUGGACCCUAGCAACCAGGAUCUGCUUUGGGAGGACGGCCCAAAUGGAGCAGUCACCACGCGCCGUGCUACUAAGGACGAGCUGAAGGUGUACAACGAACUGGACAGGGAGAAUCAGAUGCGCGCCGAAUCGCAUCUCAACGGCGUCAUUGGCCCCCCCGGAGAGGAGAUGCGCUCAUACGGCGGACGAGUGCUCUUCGAGGGUAAAUUCGUGUGCUCCAAGAACGAGCAGAAAGGCGGUCAACACCGCACGUUCGGAAUUCAACUCUUCCGUCCCAAACUCGGCGGCAGUUGUCGCUUCGCGAGGAGAUUUGGCAGCGAAAGCAUCAUCAGGAUCAAGUUGGACCCGAUCAUGGCCAAGGAUGCACGCCGCUUUCCGCUCCAUCCCAAAACACGCGACAUUCAGCAAGAGAUUCGUCGAUUCCUUUCGCGCAAGAUCCAAAUCUUUGGCCGCGAGUACCGCCCGUUUUACUGCAAGGACGAGACCGUCUUUUACUUAUGGGUGGGCUCGGCCAAAGAAUCUCACCAUCAGCCGGAGCUCGACUGCGUCUGGGACUUGAUUGACCACCAUGCUCCUUUUUCUGGAAACGCGCACGCGCCGUUGGGAAAGUUCAUUCAGCGUGUACAGCUCGGGCUGUCAACCUCCGUACCAGCAUGCGUUGUCGAUAGGAUCAUAUACGUCGAAGAUAUCUUUGGUGAUCCCGAUCCAAAGACUGGGAAGGCCGUAGAGAUGACGGAUGGUGCCGGUAUCAUGUCGCUGGCUGUCGCAAGCGACAUUGCACAGCAUAUGGGUUACAAGAAAAUUCCGUGCGCGUUUCAAGGCAGAAUCGCGGGAGCCAAGGGUGUCUGGUACGUCGACCCGAAUGCAGAACGCGACCUACCCAUCGAGAAGCAAGAGCGCUGGAUCAAGAUCCGUACUUCGCAGAGAAAGAUCAACUAUCCCGACAAUAUGCCGCUAGACCUGAGCCAACUCACCGUGGACCUAAUCGGACCGUCGCGCACGUUUGCCCCCUCGACGCUGUCAAAACAGAUCAUCCUCGUCAUGAAGAGCAACGGAGUGCCCAUCAGUACAUUUUCAGACAUGCAGCAGGCCGGGCUGCAAGCGAUCGCUGACGAGUUUUCCGAUUGGUCCGGAUGUAGCGAUGUGGCCCGCAUGCGACUCGCUACUGUCCUCGAUCGUCAUUUCAAUGUGGAGUCGAUCAGGUCGAAAAGGAGCAUCGAUGCAGCUGAGCAUCGUGCUCAGGGUAUGGGAUCGCACGUGGGCACCAAGGACGGCGAUCAAGAUUUGGGCGACGAUGAUCGCGAGCUGCAAUUUGGUCAGGACGGUCGGCAUGUGUGGAACGGUAUGCCUGCCUGGAAAAUCGAACGCGCCUACGAGAUGCUACUCGGCGGAUUCCAUCCCGAAAAGUGCGCAUACCUGUCGGAUCUUCUCGUCGAAGCAGCCGACUUGGCGAUGAAGAAGCUCAUCCGUCGCUUUGCCAUCCCUGUUGCUCGUAGUGCCGAAGCGAUGGUCAUCGCAGACCCGACGGGUACGUUGGAAGAGGGCGAGAUGCAGUUUCGAUUCAGCGACGACGAUCUGCUCGAUCCCGACACGCGGCUGGGACUGAAUCAUGUUCCCGAAGGUGAGGUGCUGGUGACGCGUCAUCCUUGCUUGCUCCCGACGGAUGUCCGCAAAAUACGUGCAGUUGUACGCCCCGAGCUUAGCAUAUUCAAGGACGUCGUAGUGUUCCCAAGCAAGGGCAAGAGACCGCAGGCAUCGCUUCUCAGCGGCGGAGACUACGACGGUGAUCUGGUUAGGGUGUUUUGGGAGCCAAAGCUGGUGGAGUCAUUCAAAGAUUCGGACGUACGACACGCCGACUGUCCGUUCGACAUCAGCCAAGUUUUUGACCGUAACGAAAUGAAGGUGGCAAAGUUUGUACAAGCACAUGAGAAGCUGCAUAAGGAUGAACGAGACAGGCUGCUGACGGAACAGCUGGUUGCAGGUGCGUUCCAACCGGCCGUCCAAGGCAUCUACGGACGGUUGCAUCUCUAUGCUGCCCUGGAGUUUGGCACUGAGAGCGAAGAGGCAAUUGAUCUCGCCCACAAAUUCGCUCAGGCACUGGACAGCCAAAAGACGGGCCUCUCGAUCAAGCCGCAGAUUCGUAUCCAGGACAGCAAAAUGUUUUCCGGCGCUCUUCCGGACUGGGCAUCCAAAUCGUCGGACGAGCCAGAUUCCAAGGACUGGUUUGGCAUCGAAGACUACGGCGAGGCUUCAACAGCGCGCAAGAAUAGCUCGCGUCCAGAAUCGGUGUUGUGCGCACUAUGGAAGGAAGGCAAAAAGGAGGUGGGGCUUCUGAAGCAGAAGCUGCAGACACGAAGCGACAAAGUGCGAGGCGUCGAAGAUACAGACAUUUCAGGAGUAUGGAGACAGGCGAAGAGCUUGGGACGGGUCGCGUGGGAGAUGGAAGAGACUAUACGGACUCAAGUCAAGGUGAGCGAGGAAAGCUACGUGCGAACCAACUCAAGUACACGACAGAGAAUCGAGGCCAAAAAUCGCGACAUACGCUACGGCACGGCGACAAGCAGCAAGAGCGGAAAGCAAGGCUCACACAGCGUGCCGCUGCGCAGGGUGCGUUCGGAAGCGCCCAAAGCGAUGCUCACGAGUGCAACAUCAACGAUGACGGGCGCUGUUGACGAUCUGCAUCGAGACGACAUGUCUGACCGUCUGGACGGGACCACGGAGGUGCCCGUUGUCUUGGCGUCGGCGUACGCGGUGGCUUCUCGUUUUUGCCAGUGGCCAAGGAAAUUUGCGAAAGAGCACGUUGCCAAGAUGGAUGACCUGGAGGUGGAACGACUGGAAAAGCUUCGCGCAUCGUAUGCGUACUCGGUAACAUAUCACAGCAAGCCUCGAUUCUCAUUUGAGAUGGCGUGGCAUUGGAUCCUGAGCCUCAAAGCACAGGCCUGCGGGAAGCAGCAAGCGCAGGGAUCGGGAAGUUUGCAGGUGCCGACAUCGACGUUGGACCUCAUGUCACUUCGUGCCAAGAUCAUCCGACGCAACCACGAGAUGAGUCAGGGCCGGGGCGUCGAGAUCUAG